UUUACCAAAGCUGCAAAAGAACAUUCUGUUUCCAAUACGAUCUGUCAUGGAUGCCACAAAAAAGCUUCAAGAUGUUGUUAGUGUUGAUAUGCAUGCUGCAAAGGGUCUCCUCAGCUCAGGCCACUGUUAUUUAGAUGUGAGGAAAACUGAGGAGUUCAAUAAGGACCAUAUUGAGAAUGCCCUCAAUGUUCCAUACAUGUAUUUCACACAAGAAGGUAAAUUUAAAAACCCUGAAUUUCUGAACCAAGUAACUGUACUCUGCAAGAAGGAGGAUCACUUAGUUGUGGGUUGCCAAAGUGGAGCCAGAUCGCAUCGAGCUUGUGUUGAUCUUCUAAAUGCUGGCUAUGAGCAUGUGACUGAAAUGGGAGGAGCCUACUCUGCAUGGGUCGACAAUGGGCUUGCUCAACACAAACCAGCUGAAUAGUUCAAAACUUCGUUAAAGUUGAGAUAAUAAGAUUGUGGGUUGAUUCUGCAAACAUCAUUUCCUU